AUGUUUACCCUAUCUCACGAAUCACAGCUGACUGACCUACUACAAGCAAAUCAAGACUGGACAAAGGCCACCCGCCAGGAGCACCCGGAUCUCUUUCCUACCAAUGGUAGAGGACAACAACCACACACUCUAUUCAUCGCAUGCUCCGAUUCCCGUGUAAAUGAAAACUGUCUCGGCGUAUUGCCAGGUGAAGUAUUCACCUGGCGUUCCGUUGCCAACAUCUGCAAACCUGACGAUCUCACUACAUUGUCUACCUUAGAGUUUGCCGUCGAUUGCCUGCAUGUGAACAAAAUUGUUCUAUGUGGUCAUACCGAUUGUGGUGGAGUAGCCACAUGUAUUAAUGGAAAAUUGAACGAUCUACAUGAAAAUAAUUGCAAUCACCUUGCACACUAUCUACAAGAACUGGAAGACACCAGAGUUUCAUACCAAGAUGAAAUUGCAGCUUCACAAGACCCAUAUCGUCUAUUAACUAUUCGUAAUGCCCAACGACAAUACGUGAAUGUAAAAAGUAAUCCAACUGUGCAGAGAGCUCUCAAGGAGGGAAGGUUACAGGUGCAUGCAGUUCUCUACAAUGUGGGUACCGGCCUACUGGAGAAACUAGAUAGCACGGAGUAG